AUGCUUAAAAAUGAGAAUGGGAUGUGGGUGGAUCAACCUGAACAAUUGAAAGAUUUGAUCACUAAUUACUUUAUGAAUCUUUUUGGGUAUACCCCUUCCACUUCUCCUACUAAUUGGAAUAACCUGGUGAGCUGCAAGCUAGACCAGGCUGACAAUGCUACUCUUACUAAUGCCAUUUCUAAUGAUGAAGUGUGGAAUGCUGUUAAGAAUAUAAAUGCCUUUAAAGCUCCUGGGAGGGAUGGGUUUCAGGCUGUGUUUUUCCAUACUUAUUGGUCCAUUGUUGGUGCGUCCAUAUUGAGGCCCCUCUUAGGCAAGAUUGUUCGACCUAACCAAAGUAGCUUCAUUCCUGGAAGGAAUACUAGUGACAAUAUAAUCAUUACCCAAGAAAUCAUUCAUUCUCUCAACAAAAAGAAGGGUAAGAAGGGUGGUUUGGUUUUUAAAAUUGAUUUGGAAAAAGCUUAUGAUAAUCUCUCUUGGGAUUUUUUAAAACAAACUUUGGAGGAGUUUAAUUUUGAUCAUAAUUUCAUUGAGCUUAUUAUGUAUUGUGUGACAACUGUUAGUUCUGCUGUUAUCUGGGAUGGUGUCCCACUUCAGGAAUUCAUUCCAGCAAGAGGGUUGAGACAAGGGGACCCUUUGUCUCCUUACCUGUAUGUGCUUUGUCUUGAGAGGUUAUCGAAUAUGAUUAGUUUUCAAGCUGAUCAUAAAACUUGGAAAGGGGUGGAGACCUCCAGAAAAGGGCCAAAACUUACCCACCUUUUCUUUGCUGAUGAUUUAAUGCUGUUUGGGCAGGCUACCUCCAAUUGUAGUACUAUCAUGAAGGUUAUGAAUGAAUUUUGUGAUAUUCCUGGUCUGAAAAUUAAUCAUCAUAAGUCCAAACUAUUUGUCUCUCCUAAUAUUGAGAGGAGGAGUGCCAAAGAAAUGAGUAACAAGACUGGCAUCCCCCUUACUUCUGAUUUAGGGAGAUACUUGGGUGUCCCUAUCAUCCAUGGUAGAGUUAACAGGGGCAUUUUCACCCACAUUUUAGAUAAGAUGCAAAGGAGGUUGGCUGGGUGGAAAGCCUAUACUCUAUCUAUGGUUGGUAGAGCCACUCUAAUCCAAUCUGUGCCUUCUGCUAUACCUGCCUAUGCUAUGCAGACUGUGCUCUUACCAGCUAAGGUUUGCAAUGAAAUUGAUAGUAUGAAUAGAAACUUUCUCUGGGGAGACACUCUGGAAAAGAAGAAAAUUCGCCUAGUUAAUUGGGAUGUUGUGUGCAAAAUGAAAAAAGCAGGUGGUCUGGGGAUUAAAAAAGCUAGGGAUCAGAACCUGGCUUUGAUCUCUAAGUUGGGCUGGAAUUUGAUUAGAAACAGAAACAGUUUGUGGUGUGAGCAGAAAGGUAGGGAUGCUUCUCAUAUUUGGAGAGAUGGGAAUUGGGAUGCUAUUCUAAUUAAUGACAACUUCCCUCAGCCAUUGGCUAAUAUUAUCCUGGGAACUCCACCCCCUGGAAACAGUGGGAUGGACACCCCAUUCUGGAAGGGAUCUCCUGGUGGGGAAUUUACUGUGUCCUCUGUGUAUGAAAUGCUUCAGAACAGGAAGGAUAUGGCAGAGGACUGGUCUUGGGUGUGGAAACUGAGACUACCACAGAAACUAAAAGGUAGACUGAAACUAAACACUGAUGGAAGCAAGAAAAUUGGAGGAGAUGGAGGCUUUGGUGGGCUGAUCCGGGAUGAACAUGGAGCUUGGGUGUGUGGUUAUUAUGAACGUUUGCAACCUGGAACUAGUCUUGAAGCUGAAUUGUGGGCUCUAUACAAGGGACUCACCGUGAUCCUACAAAAAGGCAUGGACAAUGUGACCAUUGAAUUAGAUACAAUGCAGGUGGUACAACUGAUGAAUGAAGAAACAAGGGACAAUUGCCCUUUCAAGAAUCUGGUGGAGGACUCCAAAAUCUUGCUCCAAGGCUGUCAAUGCACUGUCCAGCACGUUUGGAAGGAAGGAAAUCUUUGUGCCGAUGCCUUGGCAAAGUUUGGAGCGCAACAACCCAAAGAUAUGUUGGUGGUCAAUGAGCCACCAGCGGAAAUUAGAAGCCUUUUAAUUUCUGAUAUGAUAGCAUUAAAUCCUACUGCAAUUAAUAGUUACUCGUCUGGAGCAAUCCCUGCUUCUGAAAGUGCAGUGGACUAUAUGAAAUCUGUUGAAGAACAAUUCAUUAGAACUUCCAAAUCCCUUGCUAGUACUCUCAUGAUUAAAGUGAUGACAAUGAAAUAUGAUGGUUUGAGUGGUGUUCGUGAACAUAUCUUAAAGAUGGCCUCUCAAUUAAAGAAAGAUAAGCGGAAGAUAAGCGAGUUAAUUGCCAUGUGUGUUCAAGAAGAAGAGAGGUUUAAAGUUGAAAAGCCUAAUAUAGCUCACCUUACCAUCUUGGGUCCAACCAAAAAGAUCUUCAAGAAAGGAAAAGAGAGAUCAAAGGGUUUUAGAUUCUAUUGUCCCAUUCAUAGCACAAGAAUUGUUGAAACUAGAAAUGAUGUGUUCUUAGAGAAUGAAGACAUUAGUGGGAGAAUGAAUCUUAAAAAUGUUUCUUUGGAGGAAAAGCGUGCUUUUAUGCCUUCCACAAUUAUCCGAGAAAAUGAAGUACCUAAACCUAUUGUGGAUAAUGUUGGUACUCAAUAG